CCACGACCUGGCUGGCAAAGUGGAAAUUUCAGCUCACUUCUGCCAGUCAAAUGUCAUGCUGAAGAAGAUUCAUCAAUGGCAGAGUACCACUCGUUAGGUACUCCUUUUAACGAGUCUCAAAAGCAAAGAGCACUGAGAAAAGAAAAAAAUGAAUUUUUUUUCUUUUGUGAUUCCGAUUACCCACAUACUUUUUUUCUUCUCUGGAUUAUCCCACGCUGUUGACACAAUUACUCAAUCCCAGUCCAUCAGCGACGGUGACGGCGGCAGCGGCAGGAGCUUGGUUUCCAAGGAUGAAAGAUUUGAACUGGGUUUCUUCAGUCCAGGUAGUUCCACAAACCGUUUUUUGGGAAUUUGGUACAAGAAUAUCCCUCUCAGAACUGUUGUUUGGGUAGCAAACCGGCGCAACCCAAUCAAGGAUUUGUCCGGCGUGUUGAUGGUAAACGGCUCAGGUAAUCUCCUACUUCUCGGCCAGAACAGGACUGUUGUUUGGUCGGCGAAUUCAACGAAAGAGGCUCGGAAUCCAAUAGCACAGCUUUUAGAUUCAGGAAAUCUAGUACUAAGAGAUGAUCAGGAAAAAGAAGAAAAUCCAGAAAACUAUCUGUGGCAAAGCUUUGACUAUCCUUCUGAUACAUUGUUACCGGGGAUGAAGUUCGGAUGGGACUUAAGGACUGGUCUGGAACGGCGCCUAUCUGCGUGGAAGAGUCCAGAUGAUCCAUCUCCCGGAGAACUUACCUGGGGUCUUGAGCUUCAUAACUACCCUGAUAAUGUCAUGAAGAAAGGCUCUGAGAAGUACUACCGGGGCGGCCCGUGGAACGGCGUUCAUAAUAGCGGUGAGCCGGAGUUGAAGGUCAACCCGGUUUUUGACUUCAAUUUUGUGUCCAACAAGGAUGAAGCGUACUACAUAUACCAAAUGAUCAAUAAGUCUGUGAUCUCAAGACUAGUUUUGAACCAGACACUCUCCUCGCAUCAGCGCUUCAUAUGGAUCGAAGCGAAAAAAGCUUGGAGCCUGUAUGCAUCUGUGCCAAAAGACAACUGUGACAAAUACAACCUUUGUGGUGCUUAUGGAAAUUGUAUCAUUGGUGAGUCGCCUGUCUGUCAAUGUUUAAAAGGGUUCAAGCCUAAGUCAGCAGAAACAUGGAAUCCAGAGAAUUGGUCUCAAGGAUGUCUACGCAGUAAGAAAUUGAGUUGCCAGGAUAAGCAUAAAGAUGGGUUUGUAAAACUUGUUGGUCUCAAACUGCCAGAUACAACAAAUACUUGGGUGGAUGAAAGUUUGAAUCUCAAGCAAUGCAAGGUCAAAUGCUUGAGCAAUUGUUCCUGUAUGGCCUACACAGUCUCAGACAUCAGAGGAGGAGGUAGUGGCUGCGCCAUCUGGUAUGGUGACCUGCUUGACAUUAGACAGUUUCCGGCUAAUGGGCAGGAUCUGUACAUUAGAAUGUCUGCUUCAGAGUUGAAGGAGAACCAAAAGAUCAAGGUGAUAGUGGUAAUUGGAGCUGCCAUUGGCGUAGUCUUUGUGGUGCUCUUAAUCACCUAUUGCAUUCGCAAAAGAAGGACAAACUUCAGAGGGAAACUGAAGAAUGAUGUGAUCAUAGACCAGAACAUUGAAGGCCAAAAGGAAGACCUGGAGCUCCCCUUGUUCGACCUAUCUACGAUAUGUAAUGCCACUGACAACUUUUCAUGGAGGAACAAGCUUGGUGAAGGUGGUUUUGGACCCGUGUACAAGGGUACACUAGUAGAUGGACAAGAUAUCGCUGUGAAGAGGCUUUCACGGAGUUCUGGACAAGGACCGAAUGAGUUUAAAAAUGAAGUUAUAUUGAUCGCCAAACUUCAGCACCGAAAUCUUGUUAAGCUUUUGGGUUGUUGCAUUCAAGGAGAGGAGAAAAUGCUAGUCUAUGAAUACAUGCCCAAUAGAAGCUUGGACUCCUUCAUUUUUGAUAAAACAAGAGCUAAAGUUUUAUGCUGGUCUAUGCGCUUCCAUAUUAUUUGUGGAAUUGCUCGGGGACUUCUUUAUCUUCACGAAGAUUCCAGACUUCGGAUAAUACAUAGAGAUCUCAAAACAAGUAACAUCUUACUUGAUAGUAGGAUGAACCCAAAAAUUUCAGAUUUUGGGCUGGCUAGAAUUUGUGGAGGGGAUCAGACUGAAGGAACCACAAACAGAGUGGUUGGAACUUAUGGUUAUAUGGCACCCGAAUAUGCCAUUGAUGGGCUAUUCUCAGUAAAAUCCGAUGUCUUUAGCUUCGGAAUAUUGUUGCUAGAGAUAUUAAGCGGAAAGAGGAGCCGGGGGGUUUUCCAUUCAGACACGAGUCUAAACCUUAUUGGACAUGCAUGGGAGUUGUGGAGAGAAGGCAGGCAUUCUGAACUGAUUGAUAAGUGCUUAGGAGACUCGUGCACUUUUUCGGUGGCUUUACGUUGCUUCCAUGUCGGUCUCUUAUGCGUGCAACUACAUCCUGAGGAGAGGCCUAGCAUGUUGUCUGUGGUUACCAUGUUGAGCAGUGACAAUUCAUUACCUGAACCCAAAGAGCCUGGUUUGUAUGUCGGAAAAAGUCUGUCUUGUGAAGAUCCUCCAUGGAGAAACCAGCAAUCAUCGUCAACCAAUUAUAUCUCUAUCACAUCGUUAGAUGCUCGAUAGAGAGGAUUAUUUCUUGUAUGUAUAUAUGUAUCAUACCCAAUUAACUUUGUUCUUCAUUACAUUUUGCUCCUUUUA